AUGUCCACAGAAAGGGAGAGAUUUGAGGAUAUAAGCAAGAAAAUAAAGAGAGAAAGCGAUGGCUUUCCUCACCACCACCACCACCAGGUCGCCGGAGGUGGGAUAAGAGUUCAGACUGGGGCCGGCGGCGGAACCCUAAACACAAUAACCCCUUGCGCCGCCUGCAAGCUCCUGAGGCGACGGUGCUCUCACGAGUGCCCUUUCUCUCCCUAUUUCUCCCCGCACGAACCCCACAAGUUCGCCUCCGUUCACAAGGUCUUUGGCGCCAGCAACGUCUCCAAGAUGCUCAUGGAAGUACCCGAAUACCAAAGGGCCGACGCGGCUAACAGUCUCGUUUACGAGGCGAACGUGCGGCUGCGGGACCCGGUCCAUGGGUGCAUGGGCGCGAUCUCGGCACUUCAGCAACAGGUUCAGUUUCUGCAGGCCGAGCUUAAUGCCGUGAGGGCCGAGAUUUUGAAAUAUAAGUACGCACAACAACAAAACGAAAUGUCCACGUCACCACACAUAUGCACGUUGCUCUCCUCGGGAGUCGUGUCCAUUGCCACGUCACCGCCACCCGUGCCUCCUCCUUCUCCGCUUGGGUCGGGACUUCCCCUUGUUGACUUCAGCAUCGAUAUAUCUACCGGGGAUAAUAACAGUAAUAAUAAUAAUAAUAUGACGUAUUUUGGUUGA